AGAGUGCGAAAAGGGUGAGAUAUUCGUAGAGAUAAUUAAAAGGGGGUUUCAUCAACAUACUCGUGGCCGGUCCGCUACACGCGGGAAACCGGUAGAGAAACUUCGAAAGGGAAGAAGAGAAAGAGAGGGAAAGAGGAAGUCGGCGACUCGAUAUCAAGCAAACAGCAAACGACAACGACAGAGAAGAAAAAGAAUAAAAAGCGGAAGAGAAGAAAGAGGAGGAAGAGAAGGAAGAAGAAGAAGAGGAGGAGGAGGAGGAGGAGGAGGAGGAGGAGGAGGGGGAGGAAGAGGAAUAGAAAGAGCACGUCGAUUUGGAAACAGGUGUAGGUCAGUCGAAGUCCGGGGCAAAGUGGCGGAAAUUUGUGGAGUAAUUGAACGUGAUAAAGGAGGAGAGGAAGAGCAUCCUCGUAAAACGCAACUUAUCUUUCGACGUAUCACGCGAUCCCGAAUGAUAAUUCCAAUGCGACGAGCGUCAAGAGGAAGGUGACGAGGUUGGGUCACAUACGAGAGUCGAAUAAGAUCAAGCAAAGAUACUUGAGCUUGGUGGGACAUCGGAGGACGAUGAUGAUGUUACGAUCGUUUUUACUUAUUCUCUUCCUCGUUGUAAGGCAUUGUGAAUUGGCACCGAUGAGAGCCAAGGACUUGGCUCUAAACGAUGAGAUACCAUCGUCGUCAUCGUCGUCAUCGUCUUCGUCGUUGUCGUCGUCGUCGUCGUCAUCGUCGUCUUCGUCAUCAUCAUCAUCAUCGUCAUCGUCAUCAUCAUCAUCAUCAUUGUUGUCCUCCUCGAUGCCAACGUCAAGAAAAGGAUCUCGAGGCUCAUCUUCGCCAAGCGAAUUAACUUGGGAAGCUUGGUUGUUGGUCGAUGCACAAGCCGGUGAUCACGCUGGCUUAGACUCGGCAAACAUUUUACGAAAAAUCACUCCGAAGAGUAUUUUCUUCGCUCCGACUCGCAUCGAAUGCGCCGAAGGCUAUCGUGCUGAUACCAUGGACAGAUGCGUAAAAGAUGUCAAAAUUGAUCACGAAGCGCAAUUCGAUUUCCUCUUGAAACGCGUCAGUGCUAUGUACUUGCAACGAUUUGGUGCUAAUACUCAGGAUCAAAAGACGAAGGAUCAGAAACACUCUUCUGGUCCACUUCAAUUAAGCAUUCCCUUGCUCGGUGCACCGAUAGCUGCUUCUCCUGUUGAGACUCAACAGAUAACGAAGAACGAGGAUGAAGGGACGAAUGAACCCCUGAAGGAGACGGUUACCGUUUACGAAGCUAAGAACGAGACGACAACGGAAGAAGAAGAAGUAGAAGGAGAAGAAGAAGAAGUUGAAGUAGAACAAGAAGAAGAAUCAAAAGAGGAAGAUAAGAAAAUAAUUUUUCUCGGAAAUGCCAGUAGCAAUACCUUUGUCGAUAAAAACGAUUCUCCUAACGAAUCUUUCAAAUCCGAAGGUAUCAUUCCCGUUGCUGAAUUCGUGGACGAGACAAAUGGUAGUAGCUUUUCAGAGAUAGUAGAUUACAAAAUACCGAUCGAUCUAAAAAACAUUUUAAAUGUCACGAACGCGAAGAAAAAAAGCAACGGGAGUGAGAUCGUUGAGGAUCCGAGAAUGAAAGAAAUAUUUUCGAUGAACGUUACGAGUAUGUCACCAACGCUGGUUUUCGUUUUGACACCAACGAAACAGCCUCAAACCGAAUCAUCCGUUUCUUCGGAGAAUCCACCGGAUGAUCCUCCGGAGGAUUCCUCGAAUGUUACCACAGAUCACGUGAUCGUUCGAAUGACCGAAUCAAUGAAAAAUUCAAGCAAUCAAGAGAUCGACGUAGGAAGCGAGUCGAACUCGAUGGUGCCACCCCUGAGACAAUUUUCCGAGAUCCCAUUAAUCAUUGAGGAUAAAAUCGAGAAUAAUGGUAGUAGUUCGGAGGCUUCUGGAAUGAAAAUAAACGAUGGGGAAGAACAGGAAACGACGUACGAGGAUGAACCAGUUGAGGAAGACAUCGACGAGGAUGACGAUGAAUACGUUGACAAUACCGAUACACCAGAGGAAGAAUUCACCGAACUCGAAGGUGAGAUUUUGAAACAUGGCGAAGCCGGGAUCACUAUACCUGUAAAGAAUUUGGAUAGAUUACAUUUGGAGGAGGAACAUCGAGAAAAAACUGAGGAAUCGGUUGUUAAAAAAAAAAACGAGAACGAUACAUUUGACUCCUCCCGAGAUGAAAUUUCUAUUCGAUUCAAUCAUACCAUCUUUAAUAUAGACGAGCCUGAUAGCAACAUAUCCAGUGAGGCAACUAUCAAGGAUGAUGUCAUUAUAGAGACAACGUUGUUGAACGUUGAUCCCAUGAAACUUUCGAACGAUAGUAAAUCUCCUUUUAGAAACGAUAGUUCGGAAAACGACGAGGAUGAGCGUUUUAACGAACAUUUUGAGUCAGAAAAAACUCAAGAUGCAAGAUCAAAGAUAUUAUUCCCGAAGGGAAAGGUUCGUACGACGAUAUCAACGAGUACGGAAGAAAAUGGUAAAUUGGAGGAUCAGGUAAGUAAGACAAGGUCCGAUGAGAAAGAAAAGAAUCCAACGGAUUUGAGGAACGUCGAGCUCGUUGCUGAACCUUCAUCCUCGGAGUCUCUUUUAUACGAUCCUCGAUCUGGUGAUCGUUAUACGGGAGAAUCGAUAGUAGAAUUGGGGGAUUCAAAAAAAACCACUACUAGCAGACCUAACACUCGAAAUCUCUUAGAUCUCGAAGGUUCGUCGAGUUUCGUAAGAUCGGCACAAAGUUACGUAAAAUUUCCUUCAGACGAGAUCAACAGUAUACACAAUCAGGAUUACAAAGAACGAGGGCAACAUCUUUACGACGAAGGACUCUACUCUAGCACUAGCACGAAAAGUAGCGUACCGGUUCAUCAGAAAUCAUCUUACCCUAGAACACCAACCGGCUGGAGAAUAGAUCGUCAACAACAGCCAGAUCAUGAAAGAAAUCGUUCGGUCGUUGUUCAAAAACAAAAACCAAGGCAACCAAUGUAUUUGUCUCGAACGAAGGCACCUCUGACGAGGAACUCUCCUAGUCUAUAUUCCAUCAGUCAACCUCCUCGUAGUGCUACGAUCAUGGAUAGAGGUUAUAGAAAUACUUAUGUUCAAGUAUCACCCUUUCAUAGGGUUGGAUACUAAAAUCCAUAUCGGAAGAAUUAUUCGCCUGAUUAAGCGAAGAAGAUGAUAUUGAUGAUCUUCGCGUGAGGGCUAUCAAUGACGUCGCUCUCCGCUGAAAAUGAAAUGCCCUGAGAAACGAGCCAACGACUCGAUGUUGUCGACUUUGAAAAAGGUCGAUAGACGCUCUUGGAACUGUGCCAAAUAAAAUCAAGGUUCAAAAGGAGUUAGGCUAUCGCUCGCUAAGAACGUGUGAUACGCGAUCGGGAACGCUUGCUGUUUGGCAUACUUAUAUCAUUUCUUAUAUCCGAAUCGAACAAUCUCUAACGAUUCGAACGAUUUUGAAAGAAAAAAAAAAAAGAAAGAAAAAGAAAAAAGGAAAAAAGAAGA